CGCUCCCGGCCCGGCCCCAGCCCCGGCCAUCGCCGCUGCCGUAGGCGCCGCCAUGCCCAGCCCCGUGCGCCGGCCGCCCGGUGCCGCCGCUCUGCCCAUGCUGCCCGCGGACGCGGCGCUGCUGCGGGCCGUGGCCCAGGGCAAGUUCCGCCUCACGCGGCUCUUGCUGGAAGGAGGAGCCUACAUCAACGAGGGCAACGCCGCGGGGCAGACGCCGCUGAUGGCCGCUUGCCGCGCCGGCUACGCCGACCCCCUGGAGCAGCCGCGGAUGGUGCGGUACCUGCUGGAGAACGGCGCCGACCCCAACAUCCCCGACAAGACGGGGAUGACGGCGCUGAUGCACGCCUGUGCCGAGCGCGCCGGCCCGGCCGUGGCCACGGUGCUGUUGGCUCACGGAGCCGACCCCAGCGCCCGCGACUACGCCGGAGCCUCCGCUUUGGUUUACGCCAUCAACCGCGGGGACCGGGAGACGCUGCAGGUGCUGCUGGAUGCGUGCAAGGCUCGGGGGAAGGAGGUGAUCAUCAUCACCACCGACACCUCCCCGUCGGGCACCAAGACCACGCGGCAGUACCUCAACUCGCCGCCGUCGCCGGGGCUGGAGGAGAAGCGCUCUCCGGCGCUGUGCAUGUCCCCGUCCGACAUCGAGCUGCGCGCGGCCGCGUCCCCGGCGGGCAGCGAGAAGGAGGAGGAGAGGGACGUGUUCUGCUUCCCCCCGCCGCCGCCGCCGGCACCGGUCACCCCCAGUGCGGAGCCCCCGCGCUCCCGCGGGCGGCCGCUGAAGCGCCUCAACUCCGAGCCCUGGGUGGCGGCGCCGGGCCCGGAGGGGACGCGGGGUCCCCCCGAGCGCCUGGUGGCGGGGCUGGAGGGGCUGAGCCUGGGCGGGCGCCCGCGGCGCCACAGCGUGGAGGGCCGGGAGGCGGCGGGGAUGGCGGGGGCCGCCUGGGCCGAGCGGGUGCUCCCCGCCUGCCCGCAGCCGCUGCCGCGCCGCAACACGGCCCCGGAGGCGGCGCCGUGGCUCAAACCGCUCCGCUUCGAGGCGGAGGGGGCCCCGUGGGCUUCCCCGCCGCUGCCCGGCGCUGAGUCCCCGCCCGGCCCCCGCCGCCGCCCCCCGGGGCUGCUGGAGCGCCGCGGCUCCGGGACGCUGCUGCUGGAGCCGCUGGGCUCGGGCAGGGCCGGUUUCCUGCCGCCGCUGCCGGCCGGGCCGCACCCCCCCGCGCCCCGCGGUCCCCCCGGGCGCAGGCUGCUGCGGCGGCACUCGAUGCAGACCGAGGAGAUGCGGCUCCUGGCCGGCUUCCAGAGCAGCCCGGCCCCGGAGCCGGGCACUUAGAGCCCCCCACCCCCGGCCCGGGGCAGGCGGGGCCGUGUUCGCUCUGAACCCUACCGAUGGCUUCGGCCGCGCUGCUGCUGUGGGCAAUUUUGCACGACCCCAAAGCCCUUGGGGAGCCCGUGUCCGGCUCCUUCCCCCGCCCCGCAUCUUCCUCCCUCUCCCUCCUCAUCCCCCCCCUCCUU